CUGCUGUGAGGAUUUCGGUAAAAGCCAUUUAGUUCUGAGGGCUGUUUUAUGUGCUUUCGCGUGAGGCGGUGGGCUACCGAGUCACUCACUCUAGAACUAUCGAUUCUUCCCCUCAAGUCACUCUGCGGUCUCCGUUCCACAGAGCAUUUUUUAUUUUCUGGCGCGCUCCUUCAAGCUAAAGCGAAGGAACAAGUGCUCUUAGCAUGACCACAGAGUCAGCCAGGAGCAUUUCUCCUUCUCCAGCUGACAAGUGUCAGGCAGAAACAGAAGAGGAUGCCAGGGGGGAAGCCUGCAAGGCAAGCAAGCAGGCAGCCGCUAAAGCCCGCUGGAAGCUUCUGAGACAGGUUCUGAAACAAAAACAGUUGGAGGAUGUCCACCUUCAGGAAGUAUCAGUAAGGAGAUUUGCAUCAUUCAGUCUCUUCUCAGUCACAGAAGAUGACAAGAAGCUAACAGAAGAUGAAUCUGGGACUUGGGUUCAGUAUAAAAGCAACUGUUAUCCAGAAUAUAGUAUAUUAUUAAAGUGUAACAGUGGACAAUUAAAUGUUGAAGAUGUUCUGUCAAGUUUUGACAACACAGGAAAUGUUUGUAUCUGGCCAUCUGAAGAGGUACUAGCCUACUACUGCCUCAAGCACUGUGAAAUGUUCAGGGGCCUUGCUGUGUGUGAGCUAGGGGGUGGCAUGACAUGCUUGGCUGGGCUUAUGGUUGCUAUUUCUGCAGAUGUCAAAGAAGUUCUGUUAACUGAUGGAAAUGAAAAGGCCAUCAAAAAUGUAAGUGACAUCAUCAGAAGAAACCAGAAGGCAGGAAUGUUCAGAGCUAAAGUGGUUUCAAGCUGCAUUUUACGAUGGGAUAAUGAGACAGAUGUCUCUCAACUGGAAGGACAUUUUGACAUUGUUAUGUGUGCUGACUGCCUGUUUCUGGACCAGUACAGAGCUAGCCUUGUGGAUGCAAUAAAGAGAUUACUCCAACCCAGUGGCAAAGCAAUGAUUUUUGCUCCGCUGAGAGGGAAUACUCUAAACCAGUUUUGCAAUCUAGCUGAAAAAGCUGGUUUCUCUAUCCAAAGACAUGAAAAUUAUGAUGAACACAUUUCAAACUUCCACUCCAAGUUGAAAAAGAAAGAAAAGGGUAUCUAUGAUGAAAAUCUCCACUAUCCAUUUCUUCUUAUUUUAAAGAAGUAGCAUAUGUGGUAGAUAUAUUUGGAUUACAGGGGAGGGGAAUAGCUACAUGAAUGUGCCAUUUUAAGAAUAAUCAAAGUGAUCAAGAGUUACCAUCAAUUAUUUCAAGAGGAAAAACUGUGAGCUGUGUUCUGUAAAUCAUUCGUAGAACUUCUGCAUUGUUUUGUUAAAGCAAGUCUGUAAGACCUGAAGCCUUAAGAGUUACAUUUUCCUCCCCUUGCAACUGUCAUCAUGCACAUGAUUUCUUCAACUUGAGAAAAACGGCUACAUUUGAAAGGGUAUGUUCUGUGGCUGUAAAAUGCUAAAGAAUGCAUUGUUCUAGGAGGUAAGAAAGCGAUACUGAUAAUUGUUCGGCACUCAUUUUCUAUAUGUGCUUCAUGCUAUAUUUUGAUUUACUCUCCUUCAUCCUUCAUGCUAUUCUUGAAAAUUGCCUUAUGAGUUUUUCUCCCUUUUCAGAGUAAAAUGCUUCAAACUUGCUUUGCUUGAUUACUUAAUGUUUUUUGACAACAGGAUUUUUUUUUUGGUCCUUUCCUUGUAGAUGUAUAAGAAAUUACUGCCUCAAACCAAAGCCUCAUAAACUGACCAUUUGUCCUCUGGACACAAUGGGUUGGCCAGCCCUCUGCUCCUCCUCUCCAAUUAUGUGUGAUUAGUCUCAGUGUGUUGUGUCAAGAAGGGGGAGUGUGCUGAGUACUUAUUAUCUGUUUAGGUACAAGAAGAGUGCUCUGGCUAUGAAUGAAAAGUGAGCCUUUAUCAGUAGUGAAAUCUAACUGCAACUGUUCCCCAGACCUUCUGUUAAAAAUAGAUCCUUGUCUGAGAAACUCAGAAUGCUCUAGCAAUUGUCUUUUUUUUUUUUUACUCCCUACUCUCCAGAAGGAACCCAAACAUCUGUUUUAAAGUGAGCAUAAUUCACAGAUUUUGUUUUGCCCCCUCUUCUGGAAAAAGCAACAAUUCCUACUUUCAAAGCAGAAGCCAGAACUGAUUGGGAUUGGUUUUCUCACUGGUUUAAAGAGAAUUUUUGGCACUUUCAGAAAGCUCCCAGCCUGAAUUUGCAAAGUGCUCAUAAAUAUCCCCUUCUUCACUCCUCCACCUCAGUUUUAAAAAGCAGUCCUGGCAAUAUCAAACGUGAAUGCAAUUCGUUGUGCAAUUUAUGGGGGAAGUACAUUAAAAUAAUUACCGUUGGUUUAUUGCUUUUCCUCUCCGGAUUUAACAAACGGAAUUGUGCACAAAAGUCCUGUUCCCUUUCCUGCUCUCCUCAAAUGCAUUUCUUCUCCACCAGUUUGCAUGUCCUUGUAUUCAAUACUUUUUAUGCUCCAUUAGAGCACCUAUAUGGAUCUCAGAAGGCACAGGUCAAGUCGCAGUUAGAUCAUACAUUUCUUUCUCACAAAAACCUGAAUUGCGAUGCCAAGUGAUGGGCUAACAUCACAAUAACAGCAAUUUAUUCCUCUUUUGAUAAAACAGCAGUCUAUUCUCAGUGUUGGAUAAAGACCAGGGGCAAUGCAAACCAGCCAUUUAUCCUAGUAUUUCAGUGGUAGAUCUCGUUUUAUGGAUUUUAUGGAUUUCACAUUGAGACUCUUACUGGGUGGAAUUUCUGCUAAGAAAUGAUAAGAAUUUAGAGAUGACUGGGUUUGUCAUAGAGGAAGCUCUCCCUCAGUCAUGAACUGUCCUGCAGAUAUAUAUGCCAAGAAGGUAUGUGUUCAGGAGAAAUCUCACGAGGGAGGACAUGCAAAAAUCAACCAAAAUAUAAGCUUGCUGUGUCUCUGCAAAAGUGCUUAAGAAUAGACAUGUACAUAAAGUUACCAGCUUUUAUCUAAGGACCCUGGAAAAUUAUUAUUCUAAUUCUUUUUUUCUCUGCCUCUGAGGAGAUAACAAGUAUAUCAAAAUGAACAACUAAUUAUUGUUGUUUGUUUCUUUUCCGAGCCUGUCAUGUCAGUACAAGCCUGUGUCUCAAAUGCAGGCUAUUAUCCCGUAAGGAUUUAAUUGAAGGGGUCUUAAGAACACGAUCCUGCAAACAUUUACGCAUUGAGGCUGAAUGGUGCAGCUAAAUUACUCAUGCAUAUAAUCGAUGAAAGGACUGGGGGCCAUAGACUGUAGUAUUUGCUGUUUAGGAUCAUUGUAUAACAGGAACAUUUGCCUUUGGUUCUUUCUAGUCUGUACUGUAAGAAGAAUUAUAGGGGUCGUCUUUUUGUAACUUGUGCUUUAUUAGGGAAAUGCCUCUUCUGAUUUAUUUUUGUAUAUUAGAUUAGCUAAGCACAUAAUUGGUCAUUG